CAGCAAGCUAGAGGACUUGGGAGCAGCUGUGUGCUCUGAGUCUCCAGGAUGAGGCCGGCGCUUGCCUUGUGCCUCCUCUGUCCCGCGUUCUGGCCCCGGCCAGGGAAUGGCGAGCAUCCCACAGCCGAUCGCGCAGCUUGUUCGGCCUCGGGUGCUUGCUACAGCCUGCACCACGCUACCAUCAAGAGGAGGGCUGCUCAGGAGGCCUGCAGCCUGCGUGGCGGGACUCUCAGCACCGUGCACUCUGGCUCCGAGCUGCGAGCUGUGCUCCUGCUCUUGCGUGCAGGUCCCGGGCCUGGCGGAGGCUCCAAAGACCUUCUGUUCUGGGUGGCUCUGGAGCGCAGUGUUUCACGGUGCACCCUGGAAAGAGAGCCUCUGAGGGGUUUCUCCUGGUUGCACUCGGACUCGGAAGACUCGGAGGACAGCACACUACCGUGGGUGGAGGAGCCACAACUUUCCUGCACUGUUAGAAAGUGCGCUGCGCUCCAGGCCACCAGGGGAGUGGAGCCUGCCGGGUGGAAGGAGAUGCGUUGUCACCUGCGCGCCGACGGCUACCUGUGCAAGUACCAGUUUGAGGCUCUGUGCCCUGCGCCUCGCCCGGGAGCCGCCUCUAACUUGAGUUUCCAAGCUCCCUUCAGACUGAGCAGCUCCUCUCUGGACUUCAGCCCUCCUGGGACCGAGGUGAGUGCGAUGUGUCCCGGGGACCUCUCCGUCUCAUCCACCUGCAUCCAGGAAGAGACAAGCGCACGCUGGGAUGGGCUUUUCCCCGGGACCCUGCUCUGCCCCUGUUCUGGGAGGUAUCUCCUUGCUGGCAAGUGCGUGGAGCUCCCUGACUGCCUAAACCACUUGGGAGACUUCGUCUGCGAAUGUGCUGUGGGCUUUGAGCUGGGGAAGGACAGACGCUCUUGUGAGACCAAAAUGGAAGGACAGCUAACCCUCGAGGGGACCGAGUUGCCCACCAGGAAUGUAUCAGUCACUCCAGCAGGUCCUAUGACAAACAGAACAUGGACAGGUGGGGUCUAUGACAAGCCAGGAGAGGUGCCGCAGGUCACUGGACAAGAUGGUAUUGCGAUGUCUGAUCCUGAGAUUCUUCAGUGGGGAACACAGAGUACUUUACCUACUGUUCAAAAGACCCCACAAACCAAGCCAAAAGUCACUGUCACGCCAUCAGGAAAUGGGAUCCCCACACUGAACUACACAUCUUCUUCCCCUAUUUCUCUGACUUUCGACUCCUCCUCCACGGUGGUCUUCAUACUUGUGAGCAUAGCAGUAAUAGUUUUAGUAGUCUUGACCAUUACAGUGCUGGGGCUUUUCAAGCUCUGCUUUCACAAAAGCCCUUCCUCCAGGACAAGGAAGGGAGCUCUGGACUCACGGGGUGUGGAAUGCGAUGCUGAAGCCACCUCUUUGAGCCACAGUUCUGCACAAUGCACUGACACUGGAGCGAAGGGUGGGGACUGUGGCCUGAGGGGCUGAGCUGUGGGUCCUUCACUGACUUGGGCCCUCUCUUGGAUCGGGACACACUUAGGGCAACAGCUCAGUGCUCACAUCUUGUGUAGACUUUUUCAGUUCCAAAAAAUUGGGGGAAAGAAGAGAAUUUGCAAUGAUUACUGUGGAAGUUACCCUUCCCAUAAAUUCUCUUUAUCCCACUAAGGAGCUAAAUUUGAAAGACACACUCAUCCCCUGAAAGUGGAAGAGGUGGAGGCUGUGGGCUGGUACUGGGGGACAGGGUGGAAAAUGGCAGGAGACAUUUUUCUGUGUUCUGGGGGAAUUUGGAGAAGAGAUUGAAUAUUUCCAGUAUUGGGAACAAAUAAAUCGCACUACAAUUUUUGGAAGGCUUAUUUUCAUCCAAAAAGAGAAGGAAAUAUCUAUAUUAUUCAGGCUAGGAAUACAUUAGCUUGAAAUUUUCGGGAAAAUUAUAGAACAUUGCUGAGAACCUAGACUAACUCAUGUUUGGCUUAUACAAAGUGUGCUAUUUAGGAGUAUGAUAUUCUGAGGGCAGCAACUGGCUAUGGGGUAUACUGGGAAGACACAAGGGUACAUUCUGUGCUUUGAGGGAAAAGUCCUUAUACCUAGCUCCUUCAGAACCAGUGAAGUUUCCCUUUAUUUGUUUAUCCUUUGCUUUCAAAGUCAUUGUGACUGUGCUCUGCUAUAAAUCCUAAGUGCAAUGUUGCCUGUUUCUGACUCCAGAAGCAAAUUACAGUUGACCACCAAUCCAAGUGUUUACUGUGUGUCCUUGCCCAAGGAAACAAAUGAUUUGUGUCUUCCCUUUCCAGUGUUUGUGUUCUCCAGUGUAAUGACCUUCCUCUUCAAGCCACCUUGUAGACAUCAAGAUGCCGACCCUCACUUCCAAUUACGAUGAUGUUAAUUCUCAAUUAAAACCUUAAUGCUAAGUAUUGAUUUGAAAUCCUCUGGGUGCGUUAAAGCAAAAGGAAGCUUGGCUUCUUCCAAAGAUGCUAGAUUCUUGUGCCCUAUUUAAUCCAUGGGGGCAGAGAGGUGGAACACUUGAAUGUCAAGCUAUUUCUGUUCCUUCUCAAUAGAUUGUGAAUACAAUGACAAUGUGUGUGCAUCAGGGGAUUGUUACAACUGAACAAGAGUCUUAGCAGGCAAAACUACUGGAAGUGGCUUUCCACAGAAUUAGCAGUGUAAAAAAAAGAAAUAAUAAAUGAAAACCUAGCAUCUUGUUAUGACUUGAGAUGUUAGCAUAUAAUUAAAGAAAAAGUCACACAUUCAGGUGGUAAAUAAUUAAGGCAUAAUUUAAAAAAAACGAUCUAGUUGAAUCCAAAGACCUUGGAGAAUAUUUCAGUUAGAGUGCUGAGAUUUUUGUAAGUGUUGUAAAGUUGUUGUGUGAAGAGAAAUAGAGAAAUGAACUCAUGGGAGAAAAUGAAAGUAGAAAAAAAAACUUGAGCUAUAUUUUUCUAGAAUCAUUUUUAUACUCUUGAUUGUACUAAGAGUUGAUUUAAAGUUAGCAAAUAACCAAUAAUAAGAUAACCUAGAAAAUUAAGAGAGUUCAAUAUAUAAAUCUGUGUUCUAAAUAUGUGUUUAAUGUUGUGUCACUGAAGGAACAAACUGAUAGAGAGCUUAUUUCACAUGUUGGAUAUGGUUUUAAAUAGUUACAGUUAAAUAAAAUCACAAAUGAAUUCAAA